UAGGAUUGGAUGCACGUUUCAAUUAAUUUUAACGUAAAUAUCUGUUGCUAUAGUCUCUCCAGAAGUGCUCCGAAAGGACAUGCUGAACCCCUCUUAUGUAUUGUACUUUGGCGACACGUUUUGGAGCAGCAUUUCCAUCGACGCAUCACCUUUCCCACAGGCCUACCUGUUGUAUGAAGGCGAUGGAGACAAUCACCAUAAGGAGUGUAACAUUUCAAUGCAAUGGACGAGACAUGGUUAUUACAGGAUCGAGUAUACCUACACCAUCAGCAACGUCACUUUUUCUGACGUGGGGCGCUAUACAUUAACGGUGUCAAACUCACAGGGGACCUUCCUGUACCAGUUCUCAAUCAACAUCAUAGACAACGAUAUAGACUGUAGCAAUGUCAUACUACAAACAGCUAUCCUUACAACAGUUGCCACUGUCUGUCUAGUGAUGGUCAUUGUCUCAUCUGUCUGUAAACUGCGAAAAUGGUACAGUGCCGUAAAAAUGGAAUUAACAGGAGAACAAAACGGAGGUUCUGACCAGUCCAAAAGGGGCAGUUUUUCAGACGAACAUUACACGAACAUAGACCCACCUAAAAGUGAUGAUCCAAAUGGCUACUUUAUUGCCGCUCCUAUAGAACAACCAAACGGAACUUCUGACCUCUCCGGAGGUGAUGCUUCAAAUGCCUACCUAUCUGCCAUCUCUAAAGAAGCAAAAACCGAAAAUGAUCUGGUCGGAAUGAGUGCUCCAAAUGCCGACGUUACUAUCAUUCCAGAAGAAGAAUCAGGCAGAAUUUCCGAGAUUUUCGACCCGACCGAAAAGGGGGUUCAAAAUUACUAUGAAUUGACAGAACUGAAAUAAACGCAAAACAAAUAACACUUCUUUCUUCCAAAAAGGAAGACGUAUUCGCUGAAUUGCCAUCAAAGAAAAUAAUACAACUAUGACCACUUCCAGAAGGAAAGCUCUAAAUAUGUGCGAAACAGUUGAACAUACACAAACUGAAUAUCCGAUCUAAAAGGAGAUCACAAAAAGAACUAUUCACCUCAAGGAAUAUGCUUGUACAUGUACAAUAAAAGAGCAACAGUAAAUAUAUAUGCCGCUUAAUGGCUGUAAAUACAGUACAACUAGUUCGUCUGUCUUGGCCUCGUCAGUGAUUCUUGGGCCUAUAGUGUGAGAAUCCAGAAGGGAGAUCAGGAACAUAAAUAUGGCCCCAAACCAACUAUCAAAGCAGGAAAGGUUAUUAAAGUCGGGUUCCACGAUUUUAUGCUCAGUUUUUGUUCCCCGUAGCUCUCUUUUUUCCUUAUUUCUUUUACAUGUUUUAGCAUAGCGUUAAUACACACUUUGUAUAGCUACUCAGUGUAUAAGUAAUAAAACUUGUGUGAUUUGUUGGAUGGGGAACAUUCAAUAUGCUUGAGUAUCAUGUUUGUCACGUGAUUGUCUAUUUACUUCAAAAUAUGAUGUUUUCCCGACCUGACAUGCCAAGUAGGCGGUUAAAUGCGGGACAUGAAUAACAGAAAAAAAAGAGAAAUAUUUUAAUUUUAUCAAUUAAACUGUUUCUUUACAGGUCUUUACGCAAAUUUAUAUCCUAACCAAUCAAGGAAAAAUAGAAAUUAUACAUUCGUUUCUAAUACUUUCACGGGAACAAAAAUAGAGCGUAAAUACGUUUGAACCAAUCUUAUAUAUUCUGAACCUUUGUCAUUACUCCCAAUAAUUUAGUCGAGCCAUUGCAGCAUUUUGACAAUAAAAUGUGACGAAAUGUUAACCAAGAACGUUAAAAUGACUACUGGGCAUGGACAUGACAUUAAACAAAUGUUAAUAUAAGAAAAGGUUGACAUAAAUUUGUAUUUACUUUGUAUGUUUUAUGUGUCACAUGCAUUCUUUAUACAAAGCCAUGCAAUCUUGUCAGUCCUGAAUAGAAAUAAAAUGCCUAAAACUUGUACGAGUAUUGUACGAUACAAACUGUAACUUUCGUUGUUUUCAUGGUUGCUAUAGAACCACGAAUAUAAAUACAACUAAUAUUGAUGUAUAUAUCAUUGUGAUAUACAUAAUUAUACAUUUUUUACAUGGGCUAACCACGAACGUUUGUAAUCACAAAACAAUUUGAAAACUAAUAACCACGAAAGAAAGUACACAUGCACGAACAUGUCAUGAUAUCAGCCUUCACACCAAAACAGUUACAAAUAAAGGAUUCGUUUAUCUUUUGUAAACUGAAGCAAUAACUGGUAUGUUUGAAGUAUCAGUUAAUAUUG